AAGUUUAAUCCAUCAAUCAAGGGGAAAUUAGGAGGGUGAAACAAUGGAAACUGGAGAAAAUAUAUCGACCGAAUCACAAUAAAAUCUUUGACGUUUUUAGGAAACAAAAUUACGGGUAAAUAUUAAGAAAGGUGGAACCUUAUAUAAUAAUAGGAUGGGAUGCCAAAGCAAUGUAGCUAGCCCUUAAUUCAUCAAAAUCCCACCAAAAGACAAAAAAAAAAAAAAGGCGAAAAUGAACAACAUGAUGAUGAAGAAGAAGACGACCCAAGGUCGAAAAAAAAUCGAGAUCAAGAAGAUAGACAACUUGAGCAACAGGCAAGUAACCUUCUCCAAGCGAAGAGUCGGUCUCUUCAAGAAAGCAAGUGAACUUUGCGUCUUGACCGGGGCAGAAGUUGCCAUCAUCGUUCAUUCUUUGGGCAAGCGCGUCUUUGCUUUUGGUCACCCCAACAUUGACGCUGUUAUUAACCGCUAUACCACGGGAUCGGCAUCAUCAUCAUCAUCAUCAUCCUCCUCGUCAUCCGUUGCUGAUCCGAAAACCCCAUUGGGUGCUCAUGAGAUUCAACAACACAACCGACACUAUGCUAAAGUGUCCAAAGAAUUAGAGGUCGAGAGAAAAAGAAAGGAAUUGAUUGAAGGUUCGAAGUUAGAGAACGGUGGGAGUUUUUGGUGGGAUGACCCAAUUGAGCAUAUGGGUUUGGAGGACCUUCAACAGUAUAAAGCUUCAUUGGAAGAGUUGAAGAAAAAGCUGUUGAUGAGAGCCGAUGACUUGAUAUUGUUGAAAAAUUCUUCUUCUUCUUCAACUAAUUUGGGCUUAAAUAAUAGCGGUGAUAUCAAUCCCGGCGUGACUGCAGUUGGUUGUGAUGAUAUGUUCUUCAAUCAGACGACGACUAAAUACUGCAACAACUCCAUCGUUCCUUAUGGUUCUGAUGACUUCGGAAAUUCUCUGCAGGUUUGAAGAUAGGAUCAAUCAAGCCCAAAUCAUGGGCUACAUACAACCUCGGCCUAUCUAAAGUUUUAUUUACUGAU